GGCUAACUUUGUCGAAAAAAUGUCAAAAACCUGCUCAUCUUUCAGAGAUUAAUGCUGUUCUUUUUGUAAUAUUUAUAUUUUAAACGUAAAUUAUAAUGUUGUUUGAAAAUAUAUCACAAUUCCAGAAAUAAGUAUUAGAUAUUCCUUUACAAUUUCAAUUUCCAUAAUGUUACGACCGUUAUUUGUAUUAUUUUUGUGCGUCAAAAUGUCGCUAUGUUUUUCCGACAUCGGAAAGUGGAUUUUGCCGCUAAGUGGGGACAACUGCAGAUUUCAGCUAGCUAAGUCUCUUUUUAAGGAUUCUAAACUUAUUAUAAUGUUACACUGUGAUGUAGUAGAACCAACAAAUGUCACUGUAGAGUAUGUGUGGUCACCGACACCAUGCUCUCCGGACUAUUUCCAUUAUUUCGAACAGCAAGUAAUCGAUUGCUCACAUAGAACUCAACGGUCGGCACCAAACGAAAAUAACAACAACAAUGCGACAAUGGCACAUCAAGUAUUAACUGGAAAACGGGUGUUCACAUGCCACGGGAAGGAGUCGUUUAUACUAGAGGACGAUAAAAUUAAGUUGCCCGAUGAACCUUCAAAGAACACUCCUGCAGUCACCCAAUCGAAAGUGACUCCUCUCGUGGUUGUGGAAAAAGAAGGUGUAUAUGAACUUGAGAUGACUGUGCGUAGUGAGAAAAAAUACAACGUGACAGUCAGUGUUGAGAUGCUGGCGCCAUCUGGCUACUUGUCAGCCGCUAUGUGGCCUCUCCUGCCGUUCUUCGGCGUGAUGUGCGGCGUGUACGGCGCGGCGUGCGGCGGCUGGCUGCUGGCGUGCGCGCUGCGCUGGCGCGAGCUGCUGCGCAUCCAGUACUGGGUGGGCGGCGUCGCGCUGCUCGGCAUGCUCGACAGCGCCACCUACUACGCCGUCUACGCCGCCAUCAACCGCACCGGAUUCUUCAACGUGGAAGCGUAUAUGUUCGCAGAGUGGUUGUCUGUUGCUAAGAGGGCACUCGCUCGAAUGCUAGUCAUUAUUGUAUCGCUCGGAUUCGGAAUUGUAAAGCCGCGGCUGGGCCCGGCGCUGCAGCGCGUGGCGGGCGCGGGGCUGGCGUGGGGCGCGCUGGCGGCGCUGCUGGCGUGGCUGCGGCUGCGGCGCCGCGCCGCCGCGCGCGCGCUGCUGCUCGCCGAGGCGCCGCUCUCGCUGCUCGACAGCGCGCUCUGCUGGUGGGUGUUCGUCGCGCUCGCGCACACCAUGCGCACGCUGCAGCUGCGCAGAAAUACAAUCAAGCUCUCGUUGUACAGACACUUUACGAACACGCUGAUAUUCGCCGUGAUAUCAUCUGUCGUGUUCAUGUUGUACUCCAUAAAAUCCUACAGAGUCCUGCCUUGUAUCACAGAAUGGAAGGAGGUAUGGAUGGAUGAAGCAUACUGGCACAUCUUGUUCGCGAGCGUACUCAUCGUCAUCAUGAUCCUGUGGAGGCCCACAAAUAACAACCAGCGGUAUGCCUUCACGCCGCUUCUGGACAAUGCUGAUGACGAAGAUGAAGAGGAAGAGCAAUUCGUGAACGACGCGUACGGCGUCAAAAUGCGAGGCACCAGCAUCAACGCUGACAAUCCCCAAGAGGCGAGGGAGUCCGCCCAACCGGAACACAACAGCAACUCGCUAGAUUCUGAUCUCCGCUGGGUAGAAGAGAACAUACCCACCAGCACUCUACCGUUGUUAGAUUCAGACGAGGAAAUCAUUAACACAAAGUUCGAAGUAUCGAAGAUGCAGUAGUUACUUAAUUAUUGUUGUGUAUAAAGUAUGUAUGUCAUGUGA